CCGGCGCUGGACGAGAAGGUGCAGAAGAUCCACAGCGCGGCGGAUUUCGACGACACGCUAAAGGCGGCCAAGGACAAGCUGGUGGUGGUGGAGUGGGCCGCCAGUAAGAAUGAGGAGAGCAAGCAGAUUUACCCGUUCUUGGUGGAGCUCAGCCGGACGUGCUACGACGUCAUCUUCCUCUUGGUGCUAGAGGACGAGUCCGAGAAGACGCGGGAGAUCUUCGUGAGGGAGAAGAUCGAGGAGUUGCCUCACUUCAGCUUCUACAAGGGCAUGGAGAAGAUACACGAGGAGGAAGCGAUCGGGCCAGACCAGCUGAUGGGAGACGUGCUAUACUACGGCGACAGCCACGACACGGUGGCGCAGCUGCACUGCCGCGAGGACGUGGAGAAGCUAAUCGCCGACCACAAAGAGGUCCACAAGCUCAUCGUGCUGGACGUCGGGCUCAAGCACUGCGGUCCCUGCGUCAAGGUCUACCCGGCGGUGCUGAAGCUAUCGUGGUCGAUGGCGGACACGGUGACGUUCGCGAGGAUGAACGGCGACGAGAACGAAAGUUACAUGGCGUUCCUCAAGGACAUGGACGUGAUCGAGGUCCCGACGUUUCUGUUUAUACGGGACGGCGAGAUCAAAGGGAGGUACGUCGGGUCAGCGAAGGGGGAGCUGAUUGGGGAGAUUUUGAGAUACCAAGGGGUUCGUGUGACGUAUUAG